AUGACUCAUAGUGAUUGGGUGGACUGGUGGUUACAGACCGACUAUGGAAGAAAGAGCAGGAUACAUUUGGAUUCAAGUCAUCAGUCAGAUAUUUGGGGCCAUUUUCACCAGGUGGCACAUGGAAUAGAUGGUGCGCCAAAAGUUAUGUGUAAACCCUGCGGCCAGAUUCUUGAGCAUCCUUAUUCUCUCAGUAAGGGAGCUGAUGGGAAGGACCAGCGUCAUGGCUUAUCGACGAUGAAAAGACAUCUCACAACCGCUGGAUGUCAGAAAGCUAAUAAAGGUCACAAUGCAGAAAUCACUAAAUUUCUUAAGAAGGGUGAUAACACUCCGACCGAAGCUACUUUUUCACAAGAAGGCUGGGAAGAAGAGAUCUUAUCGUUUCUAUCUAUGAAUCGGCUUCCAUUUCAUCUCAUUGAGCACCCAACGUUUAAGAGCCUAAUCAAAAUGGCUCGCUCUGCCCCAUCUCCUCCUACGAUUCCCUCCGCAAUGACUAUCCGUCGUCGACUAGAAAGCCUAGUUGAGGAUCGACAACAGCGUAUUCUUCGAAUGCUUCCUGCUAGUUCUAAGCUAUCUAUCGCGCUUGACUGCUGGACCUCCCCAUACUCUCAGGCUUUUAUGGCGAUCACUGGCUAUUUCAUCGAUGCUGAUUGGGUAUAUCGAGGGGUGCUACUUGAUUUCAAACCUAUUUAUGGGGCGCAUACUGGUGCGAAUUUGAGUAGUGUCCUUAUGGAAACCCUCGUGAAGCAUGGGAUAGAAGACCGGGUGUUUGGUUUAAAUACGGAUAACGCAUCAAACAAUAAGACAUUGGUUGAUUCGCUCCAGCAAGCUUUAUCGGAUGGUGUUCUUAUUAUCCAAAUUCCGUGCCUUGCACAUAUUAUCCAGCUCAGUCUUAACCAGCUUCUUGGUCAUAUUAAGGCAGUUCCAUUAAACGACACAGCCGAGACAAAGUGGACAGAGCAACAGUCUUCAAUGGCCCAGGCAAACGCACAACACCGGGAGAGAGAGAUCUUCUACACAUUGAAUAAGAUCCGCUAUCUUGCGAUCUACGUGAACGCAAGCCCUCAGCGUCGGGAGACAUUCAAUAAUCUCCAGAUUAAGGACCCAAAGCUUAUGCCAAUUCAGGAUGUGAAGACUCGAUGGAAUUCAACAUUCCUAAUACUUCGUCGUGCAAAGCGGCUCCGCGCUAUCUUUACACCAUUCUGCGUUGAGUAUGAUCGUGAAGAUCUAUUACUUAAUAAUGAAGAAUGGCGUCAAGUAGACUAUCUUCUUUGCAUCACUGAGCCAUUCUUUGACUAUACUACUCAGCUUUCAAAGACUCGGGAUAUCACUGCGCAUUAUGUGUUUAAAGUUUACAAUAAACUCUUUGAACACCUUGAACAGUCAAUGGAGCAGCUCCGGCGGAAGUGUAUCCCAUGGAAAAAACAUAUGCUUAACGCACUUGAAGCUGGCAGAUUAAAGCUAGAUGAGUAUUACUCUCAGACUGAUAAUGUCCGAGGGCAUAUCUAUGCGGUCAAUACAAUGCUUGCGCCCGUUAACAAGUUUCAGUUUUUUCUGACUGAUGAUUGGGAUCAAAAGUGGCGCGACACUUAUCGCAAAUCCUUUCAAGAAGCUCUCGCUCCAUACCAGGAUCGUCUUUCUGAUACUCAAGGCUCGCAAGAAGGCUCUCAAGUGGCAGUCAGGCCAAGUUCAAAACUUGAUAAGAUGUUGAAUGGAAGCAAAAAGCAGCCAAAGGCAGCCGCUGAUGAAAUGACACAAUAUCUUGACAGUGAUACAAUUGAUAUUGGGCCUCUUGCGUUCUGGAGAGAAAAUCAAGGCCGCUUUCCGGCGAUUGCAGCUCUUGCGCGAGAUGUCCUCUCAGUUCCAGCAACCGGUGCUGGUGUUGAACGGCUGUUUAAUACUGCUCGAGAUAUCUGUCAUUAUCGACGAGGAAGGAUGAAAUCCGAAACGAUUCAAGAGCUAAUGAUGUUCCUUUGUACUUCAAGAUUUGAUCUUGAAGAGAAGGAGUCUCAGUGGCUCGAGAAAUUCUUCUCUCGAGAAGAGAUUGAAGCAGCGAAGGAAGAGAAGGAUGAACGGCUUGAUGAGGUUGAAGUCGAACCAAUCAGUGAUACUGAGGAGCUAAAUGAUAAAUUGGAUGAUGAGAUAAUGGCACACGUAGCUCCUUCUCAUGCUGUCGAGGACCAUACUGAGCCUAACCUGCCAGAGAAUCACACUCAAGUACGGGCUUCAGGGCGGAAGCGUAAGAGUCGUGAGGAUGAUGCCUUUGAGUAUCAUUAA